CAUGAGGACGAAGACGUGCAGUAGAGUUGUUGAAAGGGGAAGCACGCCUUUACCCUUAACAGAGUUAUGAAACUAUACAUUGUGUAAACUAUACAUUGAGUGUAUAAAUAAAGAAGGCGGACUACAGUUGGGUGUGAGUCUCACUCAGAGCUCUCACCCAUGUACAUGUCUUAACAAGCUUGUCGUCUCUUUCCUUACUUACUGAAACGAAAUGCUCAUGACAUUUUCAGACUUCAAACAAAGUCAACUUUAAAACAGGAUGAUGAUCGCACCAGUCUGCCUCAUGAUCACUGCUGCUACUCUCAGCAUCCAUCCCAGCAGGUCAGUCUUCUUUUAUUAUGAAACUGUGACUCUGAGCUGUGCAGUGCCAGGCAGCUUCAGCACCUGGACAGUGAAGAGAAACACCUCCACAAGGUCUUCUGUUCCAUGUGAGACCUGGGGCCAAUUAAAUGGGUCAUCCUGCACCAUCAAAGGUGUCUACCCAUCAGACAGUGGAGUGUACUGGUGUGAGUCUGACAGGGGGGAGUGCAGCAACACCAUCAACAUCAGAGUGGCAACUGGUGUGAUCCUGCAGGGUCCUGCUGUUCCUCUGACUGAGGGAGACAGUGUGACACUAAACUGCUCCUAUAAGGAAAAAUAUGCAAAGGAGUCUACGUUCAAUUUCAAUGCUGUUUUCUACAGAAAUGGUGCUUUUAUUGGAAAUAAGUCUGAAGGAAGGAUGAGCUUUAUCCAUGUGUCCAAGAAGAACGAAGGCUCCUACAAGUGUGAACAUCCAACAAAAGGAGAGUCACCAGAGAUUUGGCUGGAAGUGAGAGCUCGAGCUCCGUCUACGACUGCUCCUCCUCCUCCUCCUCCUCCUCUGAUGUCUCUUCCCAGGCUGGCAUACACAAUCUUUUUGUUCAUCCUGUUCACUGGUAUACUCCUACUGUGUAUAUCCAUACGCCAAAAGUUCACUCAAGGUCCCACUGCACCUCCUGCAGCUGAAACUGAGGCAAAAAUGAGAGAGUCUGAUCGUCUCUGACUGGAGUGCCUGAGGAUGAAGAUAACGACGAACAAUAACGAUCAAUGUAUCACCAGGAUUAAAGUAAUUUUCUUAUUUUGAUUUACUUCUUUAACUUUUUUUAACUUCUUAGCAGCUGAUGUUUUCCCUACACUGUUACCUCAUGAUUUAAUCUGCUGUUUGUGCUGAAAACUGCAUAAUUCUUACAUUUGAUGAGUUUUUUGUUUAAAAGACUUUUUGGUCAUCUGUCUUCUUGGUUUAUGUCUUGUUUCUUGUCCAGUCUGUCAUGUGUUUUUUGUCUGUGUUCUAUAUUGUCAAGCUUGUGUUGUCAUGUCUAUGUCUGUCCAUGUUUCCUGUUUUAUUUUGAAAGUCUUGUGUUUCUAUGCUAAGUGUGCUUAAUUUUACUUUUCCCCAGUGGCGUCCUUUGUUCAUUUGUGUCAGCUGUGUCUCCCCAGUUGUUUCCACUUCCCUCAUUGCCCUCCUGUGUAUUUAUUCUGUGUGUUUUCAUUCAGUCUUUGACAGGUCGUCUCUGUUGCUUCCCUCCAUGCCACAUUAAGCUCAGGUCAUGCUCAUGCUCCAUGUUCAUGUUUUUCCCUCAUAGCUUCUCGCAUGCUUCUGCCCUGAAUUAUGUUCAUGUCUUUUGUCACAGUUGUCAUAGUUUAGUUUCUUCCAGUUUAGACUUUAGUUUAGUUUUUGUCCCUGUUUACUGUACCUUGUUUUUUGGACUUAUGUUAUCAGCCUUAAUAAAGUGCUCACUCUUUGUUUAUUCAAAUUGCAUUCUACAUUCAGUUUUUUGUCUGCAUUUGGGUCCACUAUUUGCUCAACACACAGUCAGCGGACAAUAAUGUUCUUAUAAAUGAACAAAUGUAUCAUUAUCUUGUUAAUUACUUAAGCAGCUCCAUGUUCUGGUGGGACCUGUUACUCUAUGUGCACAAAAACUGGUCUAAAAACUAUAAUUACACACACUCCUGACUGGACCUAGUGCCCAUUUCUGUUAAAUUACGACCUCAGGCUCAAUGUGCAAACUUGUGUAGCAGAUCUGCAAAAGGAUUUUGGGUACCUUUAGUAAAGGUCAUAGAAUAUCAGGCAAAAAGAAAGAUAUUUAUGGAAUUUCUAAUUUUGUUUUUUUCCUGAACUCGCACCUCAUUCCUUAAUUCAUCUCUGUCUUUCUCCAGCUCACCAGAGAGACAGGUCUCUCCAAGUCCCCCACAUGCUUUGAGGAAGUUGGUGUGAUAAAUCUUUUAUAACUG